AUGGAUCUGCGGUUUCUAUGUUCUCUUUUGUUGUUUUUUGUCGCAGAAGUGACCACAACCAAGACCAAAGGGAACACAACAGUUCCGGCAUUAAUAGUAUUAGGAGAUUCGAUAAUGGAUACUGGAAAUAAUAAUGACAUUCCAACUCUUCUAAAGUCUAACUUUCCUCCUUAUGGGAAAGAGUUUCCUGGUGGCAUUCCUACCGGUAGAUUUUCAGAUGGAAAAGUUCCAUCAGACAUCAUUGCGAAUACAUUGGGGAUAGCAAAGACGAUACCACCAUACUUAGGCUCAAAACUAAAGCCAAAUGAUCUUCUUAAGGGUGUAAUAUUUGCUUCUGGAGGUUCCGGUUAUGAUCCAUUAACAUCUAAACUAUUGUCUAUAAUACCAAUGUCAGAUCAACUCCAAUAUUUUCAAGAAUAUUUGUCAAAAAUUAAGCAACACUUUGGAGAAGAAAAGGUUAAGUUUAUAUUGGAGAAAAGUGUGUUUCUAGUGGUCGCUAGCAGUAAUGAUCUCGGCGAGACUUAUUGGGCUCGAUCGCUUGAAUACAGUCGUAACGCAUACGCUGAAUAUUUGGCAUACUUGGCUUCAGAGUUUAUCAAAAAACUAUCUGGACUCGGAGCGAAAAAAAUAGGAGUGUUUAGCGCAGUUCCAGUUGGAUGCGUGCCUGCACAAAGAACACUCUUUGGAGGUUUCAAAAGAGAAUGUUAUGAAACUUUGAACAAAAUGGCAAUUCAUUUCAACUCAAAGUUAUCAUCUAGUAUGGAUGCUCUGCAGAAACAGUUGCCCAGUAAACUAGUAUAUAUUGACAUUUACGAAACUCUUCAUGACAUCAUGAAAAACUCUUCGAAAUACGGGUUUAAAGUGGCAGAUAAAGGAUGUUGCGGUACAGGAAGAAUUGCGUUAGCUGUAUUGUGCAACAAACUUACUCCUUUCACGUGUUCGGAUCCAUCGACUCAUGUGUUCUUUGACUCUUAUCAUCCAACUGAAAAAGCUUACCAAAUUAUCACUGAUAAAUUGAUGAAAAAAUACCAGAAGCACCUUAGCAACUGAAUAUGUUCAGUCAUGUGGUGAUAUUAGUCUGAUGAAUGUUCUUUUAUAUCUUUUCUACAGUAAGGAUGUAAUUCAACCAAAGUGUUUUUUUUUUUUAAUUUGAUUUAUGAUCACAAUGAUUUACAAUGAUUUCUUCUAUCUCAGCCGACUUUUUAUGCCGACUAUCUAACUAUAUGGCUUAUCUUUUGCGAUGUAAUGUUAAACCAUGUUUUGGGUAACGACGUAACUUACAGACGUGAGCUUAUGAGACGUUGGAGUUGUGUGUUGUUUUGGAUGUUUGCCCUAAUAAAAUAGUUCAUUCCUUUUCUAAAGUAAGAUUUUCUAAAGUUUAUUCUUGUUCCACAAAAAUAUAUUUCUAUACUUUUAAAAUAUUUUGUAUAUUUUCGAGAAAAAUUAAUUGUGAAUAUUUAAAUUGAUUAAAUUUUAUUGGUGAAUAGUUAUUAGAAAGUAUACAAAAAUAAAUUGUAAAUAUUUAUUAUAUUCUUAAUAAACGUGAAAACUGUAGAAAAUCUUACUUACGAAAACGGAAUGAUUAUGGGUCCGAUUGGUAAUGGCUGUAGCUUUAAAUAUUUUGCUGUAGAAAAAAAUCUGUAGACUUUUUGCUGUGGCUUUAGAUUUUAUUGCUGUAGAAUUUUAUUGAAGCACUAAAAAAUUGCUUUGGAUAUUUGGCUCUGCAGAGCACUUGUACAGCUGUAGGAUAUUUUAAGAGCUGUGGUUUCAAAAAAAAAUUUAAAGCUUGAUUGCUCUGAAUUUGGUGCUGUGGAAAUAAAUAGGGCUGUGGACAGCACCUACAGCAACUACCAAUCACCCCCUAUAUGUAUUCUGUUUUUAAUUGGUUGAUAUGAAAAGGAAAAUAAAACUAUACACAGUCGCAGAUGUUUGUGUGUUUUCCUCAACUUUAUGAGAGUUGGUGGUGCAUUUUGUUAACCAGUUAUCCGGUUAGGAAAAACCAACUGCUUCAUAUAACUCGGCAUUGACUUAAAACAUGUUUAUUGUAGGUUUCUUAGAUUGAGUUUCUUAGCGUAAUAUAAUAUACGGUUUCUUAGUUAUUAACUAAAAAAACUAAGAGACGUCUCUUAGAUAAGAAAUAUAAAAGACGUAUUUUAAUUUUUUUAAUUAAAAGCUAAGAGACUGUAUCUUAUACUACGCUAAAAGAUUCAACCAAAAAAAUCUUUAAUAAACAUGCUCUUAGUUCCUCUAUUGGUCGGUCAAUAUGGAAUGGCAACAGCAGACGCACAUGCAGGCCUGCCCCUGAAUAUUUUUGAUCCUGAAGCAAACAAAGUUACAAACAUUACGGACUUUUUUUUUAAUAAAACAAACAUAACAUUACGGACUUAUCAUUAUAUAAUAUUAAAAAAAAACAAUAAGAAAACAAAACAAAAGUUAUAAAUCUCCGAAUCCUCCACCGACAGUAAACCAAACUCAAGCACAAAUCAACUGAGCUAUUGAAUAAUCUGGGAGAUAGUGGACCGACAAAUAAUUAUCUAUUCAGGGCUGCAGCCGCAUCGUUCUCCGGCUUAUCCUAGACCGGCAUUGCACACAAGGAUAAUUGUUAGAGCUGAUACUCUUGCAAGUAUUGGUCAGUCUUCCUUUUUUGUCCAGAUUAAUAAUACUUUCGAGUUCUGAAUCUUCCUGAUACAAUACAAAGACGACAGACUUUUCUACUUAUAUAUAGUGUGAAAGACUUUAAGCCAUUAAUCCCCACAAGUCGGUGGACCCGCACAUAUAUGGCUCACACACUACGUUAAAAGACUACUCAGCAGCUGGGUCAACUUUCAACCAAUCUAGCGAACGUUAAUUUAAUAAUGAUAACAGUAAUAAAAAUCUAAAACUUAUUGACUGUCAUACAAAAGUAUACAAAAUUACAAAUGUAUUCAUUUACUAUAUGUUUAAUGGGUCAGAGACAGUUGGAGUUGGAUCGUAGGUUUAAUGAAGAGGAACGUUACAAACAUAUUAAAGUGAGCCAACUACAAACAUUAGUUUAUUAUUAUCUUUUACCUAAGUAAAUCUCUUUUUUAGUUUGUUCAAAUUUGACCCGAACAAACUACAUUUUAUCUAGAACUUGGGUUAUAAUGUGAUGACUGAACAAAAAGUCAUGGAACCAUUUUUAAUUCGUAAACAAUAUUAAAAAUGAAUUAAUUAGUGGAACAGAUGCUUAAUGAGAAAUUGUUAGGUUAGAAAGUUAAAGUACUUCUUUAAAAUCGUAAGGUCCCACUGAAUAUAUGCUUCAAGUUUGAGAAUUUUUUUUGACGAGAUAGUAAUUGUUAUUGUUAUAUUUAAUCACUAUUUAAUCUGUCCUUAGUCCAAUAAGAGUGGCUAUGACUUGUU